CGCCCUUUGAUCCUGAAGGCGACGCCCAAAUGUUAUAAUUUCUGCUGGCUCGAAAAAAAACGCCCCUGGAGUAAUAGCCCCGCCCUCCGCUAACGUCGCCCGUUCGCUGCGUCAUUGUGUCGGUGUCGCGCUUGUUCGCUCGGUGCUAGGAGAAGGACCCGGAUACGCACUGAUUGCCAGCAACAUGGCCGAAACCGGUGGGAAUCAGUCUUCACACAUCUCUUCAUCGGUUGGAGAGAAGGGCGGCAGCUGCUGCAGAAUUUCAUCCUAAACACCCCAGUCCAGAGUCUCCUGGGUCUCCUUUUGAAUUGAUUGCCAACAGCUCAGGUUUUGACUUCAAGAGCUGUGAAGACAAAACUAUCAACCAUGGACUUUCACAAAUUUCUGCACAAAGGCCAUUCCACGACCAAUCUCCUGAUACUGAUGAACCAUUCUUGGCUGGCCACAGAAGCACACGUUUUUCUGGUGAUGAGGAGGAGCAAUUUGUUAUGCAGAAUGUCAUAACACAUAAGCCAGAUUACUUUGAGUCUGGAUCUUUGGGGUCUGUUGAAUCGCCAAUUAAAUCAUCUGACCAUCAGAUUGAGUUUUUGCAGAAGUGCAUAGAAGAAACUUGUAAACCAUCCCACAUUGAAGAAUGUGUAGGAGACAAUGUGGACACAUGUGUAGAUCUUAGUUCUGUAAAAAAUGAGGCCUGUUCUUAUGAUCCAAAGACUGAUCUUCGAUGGCCAGAUGCAGAGGAAGACUUGGAUAGCUCUGGAGAGUCUGAUGACACAGUUAUAGAUGCUGGAUGGAGAGUUAAAUCUUCAGUGACUAAUCAAAAGGAGCAUGCAGAGGAUGGCUGGGUUGAGCUCAGUGACACACACCAAGGGAAUGAACCUGGGAGAGGAAACCUAACAAUGUCUAAGAAUGCCAUCAUAAAUUCCAAUACUUUGCCUUUAACAGAUAGGGUUUCUGAGAAGCCUGGCCAUGCUAUUUCCAAGACCCCAGACUCUCCACUUAGUGAAGGUUUCGUUGACCUGGCAGAAACCUGUGUUAAAGAACCUCACACAGGAAGUAUGUUCUAUUCAGAAUCUGAAUCCUUAGAAGAUAAGGUUCAGGAAAAUCUGACAAUUGAAGCACUAAAAGCACUGGCUUCUGGGGUGCAAGACUGGAAUUCAGAAAGUCGUGAAUCCUCCCCAGAAAUCCUGUCUCCCCAAUUAACCAACUUUCCGGAAUUAAAAGGGAGAACAGAUCAAGCAGAACUGCACCUCGAAUCUACUCUUGGCAUUACAACUGUCAAAGUGCACGACCUGCUAUUCUGGAGGGACGUGAAGAAGUCUGGAAUGGUUUUCGGAGGGACCAUGAUUCUGCUCUUGUCACUUGCCGCCUUCAGCAUCAUUAGUGUUGUUUCCUAUCUGAUUUUAGCUCUGCUGACUGUCACAAUUAGCUUCCGCGUCUAUAAGGCUGUCAUGCAAGCCGUCCAGAAAACUGAUGAGGGUCAUCCCUUCAAGGUUCUGCUGGACAAGGAUAUCACUUUGUCCUCUGAAAGCCUUCAGAAGAGAGCGAAUGCAUCCCUUGCUCAUGUCAACCAUGCCCUGAAGUACAUCAUAAGGCUCUUUCUUGUGGAGGACCUUGUAGAUUCCCUCAAGUUUGCCCUCCUCAUGUGGCUGACGACCUAUGUUGGAGCUGUGUUCAACGGGAUCACAAUUCUCAUUCUUGGAGUCCUGAUCGCCUUCACUGCUCCGGUUGUGUAUGAGAAAUACAAGGUACAAAUUGACCAUUAUGUGUCUCUGGUGCAGAGCCACAUGAAAUCUAUAACUGAGAAGAUUCAGGCAAAGCUUCCAGCAGCACUGAAGAAGAAAACAGAGUGAAGGAUCAAAACGUUGGGAGGGUGGGUGGGCUGGGGGGGUCUUACAGUAUACACACUGGCUACAUAUCUCAUUACUACUCCGUAAAUUGGCUGCCUUUAUAUAGCUCACAGGAACCUUUUGUAUGCAUGUAUUUCAUGUAUACCUACGUGUACAUGGUUCCUCUCUACUAGGAAGAGAGUGUCUGUUAACAUGUCAUGGAUUGUAAGAGUUAUUCCUUGUUUUAUACAUCCUGAAGAGCCGGGUAGGGACCUAGCAACCCAACUGUAAUUCCUGCAUCUUACACACUCAUCCCUCCCCCAUCUGCAUCACUGAAAAGUGAUCGGCACACGGCCGCUGCAUUAUCUUCCUCCAUUUUUAUUCUGCUUUCAUCAUCUCAACCUAAUCUACUGGUGCCACUACUGUCUCAUCCUUAAAGGGGUUGGCCAUUUUCAGGCUUCUGCUAACAAUGGGCAUGUAAGGUGACUAUGACACUAAUAUAUCUUUUUUUGAUGUUCUGUGUUUGCUCUAUUUCAUUAGCUAUAUCCCAUUAUUUGGGUAAAUUGUCUGGGCUGUCAGCACACAGGUCCUGUCAAUGACAUGGCUGCUGAUGGAGGGUCAUGUGCCUCCUCCAUUCAAACACACUGCACUAAACUCUGCAUAGUCCAGAUGAAAAGUGCAGUGAUUUGCCUGGUCACAUGACCCUCCAGCAGCCAUUUUAUGGACAGGGACGUCUGUGCGGAUAGAACAAAAGACUUGGCCAAGGGACAUGCCUUUUUAAAAUGGUGCAGAAUUUCAACAAAAGCCAUGGUAAUAAGUGCCAUAUAGUCAUCUUAUAUACACACUGAUCAGCAGUAACCAGAAAGUAGCCAACCCCUUUAAAUUAACUUGUCCAUUUCCUUAUACACACACUUUUCACAUGCUAUGGUCUUUCUUACAUACUUCUUUUAUGGUCUUCAAAUGUCAUUCAUCUUAUUAAAAUUAUUUAUUGUUAGGCCUCCAUGUUGGUGUCCCUAAACACCUUGCCCCUCCCCCGCACAGACACGCUGCCCUCACACCCCUCACUGUUUUAAACUUUUGUCUGUUUUUAUCCAGCUACUCAGUUCAAUCACUGUUCUGUUCCACUUAUUGCCACAUUAACCAAUAUAUUGGAGUUUCUUACACUGCAACCAGGUUUUUUUAUUUAAUAAUGCAGAAUUUAAUUUAUAUUUCAUGUCUAUACUGAGAAUUAAGUGUAGAAAUGUGUUAAGUUGCAUAACUAAAAAAAAAGUUAUGGAGAGUUGCUUGUGUUUUCUGGAAUACUAAGACUUCUACGGUGUUCCUCUCUUCCUUUCUGUGCUUGUAUCUUAUCCCUUACUCUUCCUGGCAGCAGGAGAGAUGGGACAUGUCCUACACUGCAAAGAACAAUGCAGUCUCGCCCUUUGAUCAUAGAGAAAUUCAUGUGUGAAAAUGUCACGCCUGGUGAACGGGCCAAAAAAACAACCGACACAAGAGGUCUAUUGUUGUACACAAUCUUUAAAGUGAAUCUCCACCUUUUAUCAUCAUGUUGUUUUAGGUCUGAAAUAGUUUGCCGAUUAGUUUUUUUUAAAAUAUAUCUUCAUAGCCGUCCAAGCUCCAUUUUUAGACCCAAAAAUCCCCUGCAUAGACAUAGACUUAAAAACAAGCACAUACUGACUGAUUGUAGCCACCACUAGAGGGAGCUUAGGAGCUAACGGCAUAUAAACACACUAUGCAGAAAGCUCCUAUAUUCCCUCUAGUGGUGGCUACAGUCUGCAUGGUAUGUUUAAAUUCUGUAAAUGCGAGGGCUUUGGAAAAGGUACCACUAUAAGGAUAUAUUAAGGAAUUAAUCUGUGCAUAGUUUUGAAAGUUUUUAGGCUAAAAAAAUAAAAUGAUGCUUAAGGAUGGACAUUUACUUUUAGGGGUUUCUUUGAUGUGGUAAUCUGGCCAUGGGAUUUUAACUUCUAAAUAAUAAAAGUAUUUUUGGCUCAACACCGUAGUGGAACAGAGCAUGAGGAGUCAGUAGUUAGCCAAAUUCUGUGAUGGAGACACUACAAUAGUCAGCCAGAAGAUCUGUUAACUCACCAUGGUAGUUCUGUGUCUUUUCUUGGGUUCUGUAUGCAUCAGCCUGGUUCCACGUAUGUCGUGGAAACGAGUACGAUCUGAUUUAUUCCCACCACACAGGUACUAGAAUUGGGUGGCACGUUUCUGUCCUGUGUCAGCAGUACAGUAAUACCUCAGAUGAUGGGAAAUGUGGUUCCACUGAGUAGGUGCUGUAUACCUCUCCAUGGAGUGCAAUCCACUAUUGUGUCGAGCUGAUCAUGCUGGACUUGAAGAGUGCAUUUGUUCUCAAGCAGGGUGGGUUGUUUUAUUAAUGUGAUUUGUGUUGCACUGAGCUUCUAACUAUUUACUGUGUGUCACUAUAAAAUGUUGUUUAAAAGAGAAUUGCUUUACUGUUACUUUAAGACUGGAGAAGGGAACAAGCUAAUGAAGUAUUCACGAAUAAGCCUGUAAAGUAGCUUGUUAUUGCAGGAAGAAGUGUUUUUAUUUGGGGGUUGUCCGAAAUAAAGUUAAUUUCUUUUAUUUUACUUUUUAGUUUCUGUGGAACAAAAUUCUAUAUAUAUUGCAAAUACAUGUGGUAUUAAAGAGUAGGACACAAAUAAA